AUGGAUGGUUACCCCUAUACUUGGGAAAAAGGAAGUGGUACGGAGGAUUGGUUGGAGGAGCGUUUGGACAGAGUUGUAGCCAUGGCAGAUUGGCGUGGAAUGAUUGAAGAAGCCAGGGUAACCAAUAUUCUAAUGUGCACUUCGGACCAUUCGGCUCUCUUUCUUGGGCUAGCGGACUUGAGACGUCGUGGUGGUGGAGGCCGCAAUGGUUUUCGUUUUGAGAUGGCCUGGUUGCUGGAUACUGGCUGCUAUGGGGUGGUGGAAGAGGCUUGGUCUGAUGGGGAUGGGGAUGGUUUGAUGGGCAGUUUGGAGCUAUGCAAGCAACGGUUACACGCAUGGGGUGGUGACCGCUUUCAUCUUUUCGGCAAACAAAUUAAACUCCUGCAAGCAAAGCUUAUGGGCUUGAGGGGAAGUACUGACCCACUCUCUCUUGAGGAGUAUCGUGCAAUUGAGACGCAGCUAUCGCAGUUGGAAGCCCAAGAGGAUGUGUAUUGGAGGCAAAGGAUUGAAGGGAUCAAAUGGGGAUGGGUAGAUAAAGGUGCCAUGAAUGCUGUGAUUAUUGAUUAUUUUGACAAGAUUUUUAAAUCUGGAAAUCCCCCUGUUAAUGAUGAUUGGUUUGAGAUGAUUUUGCCUCGUGUGUUUGACUGUCAAAAUGAUUCCUUGCUAAAACCGUUUGUGGCGGAUGAGAAAGUUCAUGAGUUUGCUACUGAUUUGAGGCCAAUAGCACUAUGUAAUGUUGUUUAUAGAAUAAUGGAAAAAAUGAUUGCGAACAGAAUGAAACCCCUACUUGAUAAUAUUAUUUCAGAGUCACAUAGUGCUUUUAUUCCUGAUAGACUAAUAACGGAUAAUAUUCUUGUUGCGUCGGAAAUUGGCCACUUCUUGAAUAUAAAGCAAUGUGAUAGAUGGGUUGAGCUAAUUAUGCUGUGUCUAACAACUGUCUCCUAUAAUGUGCUUGUUAAUGGAUCAGUAGGUGGUGUGGUCACCCCAACGCGGGGGCUGAGACAGGGAGAUCAUCUCUCUCCGUACCUCUUUAUUAUAUGUGCUGAAGCAAAUUCUCAGGAGGCAGGUGUGAUAAAGCAGUGCCUAACUAAAUAUGAGCAACUGUCGGGCCAAAUAAUUAAUUUUUACAAGUCUAGUGUUUGCUUCAGUAAGAAUACCGGAAAAGGUGACAUGGAUGAUGUGGUGGUGGUGCUGGGGGUUGUUCAGGCAAAUGACUUUGGUAAGUAUUUGGGGCUCCCAUCGUUUGUUGGAAGGAACAAGAAACAUGUAUUUUCUUAUAUUGAGGAAAAAAUAACCCAAAGGAUUGGAUCAUGGAAUAAAAAAUUGUUGUCCCGGGCAGGCAAAGAGAUUCUCUUGAAAACGGUGGCACAAUCAAUGCCAACUUUUUCUAUGAGUGUGUUUUUGCUAACUGAUUCCAUUUGUAUGGACAUUCAAAGAGUUAUGAACAUGUAUUAUUGGGCUAAAAGUGGCGCAAAUAACAGAGGGAUACAUUGGAUGGCUUGGGACCGCCUCUGCAAGCCUAAGACUGCUGGUGGUCUGGGGUUUAAAGAUCUCAGUGCUUUCAAUUUGGCUAUGUUGGGUAAGCAGACAUGGCACUUUUUCACAAACCCAGAAUCUUUGGCAGUACGAGUGUAUAAGGCAAGAUACUAUCCAAAAACCUCAUAUGCCUCUGUAAGGAAUAACCCAAGUUUUUGUUGGAGGAGUAUUAUGGCAACACAUGACCUGAUUUGCAAUGGUCUAAGGAUAAGAGUAGGGGAUGGACAAUCUACGCUGAUUUGGGAACAUCCUUGGCUUCUCAAUGGUGAUUCUAAAAUACAAACUAUUAUGCCCCCUGAGUUGCACGGAUCAAAGGUGUCAGGUUUGAUUGACCAGGAUACUCAGUCAUGGGAUCUAGACAUUCUGAGAGAUGUUUUAGUGGCUGACGAUGUGAAUCGUAUACUUCGGGUCUCGGUGUGCCCAGCUUAUGAGGACACUUGGUACUGGUACAGGGAACCAAAUGGAAUUUAUUCUGUUAAAAGUGGGUAUAGAAAUAUUAUUGAAAAAUCUGCUAUUGGAGGAACAAAUGAACGCAAACGACGGAAUACCAGUAACAAAGUUGGGUGCCUGGCUAGGAUCGUAUUCAAGCUGGGCAGCGCAGGGAGAUAUGAAGUUAAGGCAUUUGAAGAAAGGCACACACACUGCUUGUGCGAGGAUAGUUACAAACAUUUCAUGGAAGUGAAUAGGAGACUAGACAUUGGACAUCAACAAUUCAUAUCAAACUAUGCAAAAGUCAACAUUGGGGAAGUAAGAGUUUUGACCUAUAUGCGGAGAUGGUUGGGGGAGUCGAUAAUGUGA